AUGCGAACGCGCCGAGGUGGAGGCGUCGAGAACGAAGCUGACGACGUGAUCGAGAUCAAUGGCUCGCCCAACGUAGAUAUCUUACAGCGCUUGCCGCGUCGUCGUCACCGGGCGGUUCGCUACAUUGAAUCCCUAGAUGCCUAUAGUCAGCCUGCAGAAGGACCGAAGUCAUCUCAACAUGGUACAGCACAGCCGUUGUACCAACGGCACCCAAGGUCACCACGCGAGUCGAAUCCACCUUCGGCGGAUGAAGAAGAGAUUGACGAGAACGAAUACGACGACGAGGAUGAGGAGAACCUUGACGAGGACGAGCAAGAAUCUUUCGACACAGCUGAAGACGACGGUGAAUCUGUAGAGGACGAAUCGGAUGAUCCUCCAAGUCCUGAUAUCAAGCAAGAAAGUCCAGGAUCUGCUGGUCUUGGGGUAGAUACAGCAGUGACGAACGGUCCAGCUGCCGAUGGCACUUUGACUGGUCGGUAUCCUACACGUCGGCGCAUCUCGGGUCUCGAAGGGAACACGGUGUCGGCGCUUGAAACGUUGCCACCACCGAAGUCCCUCAACCGCUCAUCCCAGCGGUACCCCUUGCGAGACCGAUCGCGCCAUCAUCGCCAUCGCGACUCGUUUGACGAGCCCAACAAGACAAUAUCGGCGUCGUCAUCAAUUACAUCGUUUCAGUCCACUCGCGCAGCCACCCAAGUCUUGGAUCGCGCAGCUCGGUAUGCCCUUCGGGCCAAGCGCGAGAACAGCGACGUGGCUAUGUCAUCUCCAGAGAAAUCCAGCCAGCAGCAGGGCGGUUAUCACCGGUCCACAAAGAGCUACUCCCUCCGCGAUCGAAGUAGCAUUCGUCGUCAAGUGACGGCUUCUGCGCCGCAACCAAACUACCCUCUCUACGACGACUUCGGCGAUGCGCGCCCCCCGAAACGUUCCAAACACCAUGUCGAUCGUCAGCCCUCGCGCAAGUUCUACGCUCUCUCGAGCUCGUCGUCGUCUGAUUCGACUUCCGAUGGGGAAAUGCAAAUGAUCAAGCGCGGCAGCAGUCGAAGCAAGCACGGCCGGCGGUCGUCCAAAGGUUCGUCGGUGCUGGACACUGACAAGACCAAGGCCUCGCUCCCAGCUGACAUUUCUCCUCUCGAUAUUGACCCGUCAAUCACGUGGGAUUCCAUUGGAGGGCUCAAAUCCCACAUACACGCGCUCCAAGAGAUGGUGCUCCUGCCACUGUUGUACCCGGAAUUCUACGCCAAGUUUGCCCUCUCUCCACCGGCGGGCGUUCUCUUCUACGGACCUCCUGGCACGGGCAAAACGCUCGUGGCCCGCGCGCUGGCCAACUCGACCGGCAGCCAACGCAUAACGUUCUACAUGCGGAAAGGCGCGGACUGUCUUAGCAAAUGGGUCGGCGAAGCUGAGCGCCAGCUGCGCGUGCUUUUCGAACAAGCCAAGAAGACGGAGCCCAGUAUCAUCUUCUUUGACGAGAUCGACGGUCUUGCACCAGUCCGCAGUGCGAAACAAGAUCAAAUCCAUGCCUCUAUCGUAUCGACGUUGCUUGCGCUCAUGGACGGCCUGGAUUCUCGCGGUCGUGUGGUCGUGAUUGGAGCAACGAAUCGGAUCGACGCAAUCGACCCUGCUCUCCGUCGACCUGGUCGCUUUGAUCGAGAACUUGCGUUUACCUUACCGAAUGCGACGGAUCGCGCAGCCAUGCUCGGCAUUCACACCAAGAAAUGGCAGCCGCCGCUUUCGACGUCAUUCAAAGAGCAACUCGCCAAAGAACUGGUCGGGUAUUGUGGCGCUGACAUCAAAGCUCUGUGUUCGGAAACUGCCCUUGUCGCGUUCAAGCGGUCCUUUCCUCAAGUUUACGACACGCCGGCGAAACUCGACGUGGAUCUGACGGAAAUGCGCGUGCUGCGGUCGGACUUUCAGCUCGCCCAAGCUAAGAUCGUACCGGCUGCCGCGCGGUCGCAAACGGCCGUCGCAGCGCCCCUGCCUCCCCUACUCGCCCCAUUGCUAGAGGAACCGCUGGCGAAAUUGGUCCACUUAGUUCACGCAUCGUUCCCGACCGGGUUAUUCGCCCCGCCGCCUGCGGUCACGACGAAUGCCGCUCCGAUCUAUGACUUGGCCACGACAACGUGCUCGCAUUGUUUGAAUUCAUUGCCAAACCACGGCGACAACGUGUCCGAUCGGAAUAUUCAAUCGUGCGAAUUAUGCCGGUCCUCGUUCCAUGCGACAUGUCUUGCCUCACCAACUCGGUGCUUCUCGUGCAUGCCUUCGUACACGUACAUCCCGCCGUCCCUCGUGCGGUGCCUCGUCUUUGGGACGUCUGGUGCGAUGGGGCAGUCCGUGCUCACGUCGGCCCUGUUGAGUGCCAUGGAUGGGCUUCCUUGCGUCGAAUUUGAUCGCUUCAGUAGCCCCGCACAGUGGAUGACCAAGUGGUCCGAGGUGCUGACGCGGGUGCCAUGCGUCGUCUACUUUCCGCACUUGGAUCAAUCUUGGAACGAUCACCCGACGGAAAUCCCGGCCUUGUUGCAUCACUGGUUGCAGACCGCACAGCACCUGCCCAUCGUAGUCGUGGCCACAGCGUCCACCGUCAUGCUCCCUGCCGACUUGGUGUCGCUCUUCCCGCACCAGUAUGAAGUGACGCCGCCCAACGAAGCCGCCCGGCGAUCGUUCUGGAGUGCCGUGGGCACGUGGGUAUCGAGUCCACCGCCGGCGGCGCUCCCGCCGCCCAAACCACUGCGCGUGGUGGCGCCGCCGAAGGCCAAAGAACAGACGAAAUCGACGGCGUCGGUCCUGACUGACCAAGAGCAGCACCAUCUCCGUGAACUCCGCAUUUUCCUUGAAGCUGUGGUUUCGUACUGCAUUCGCCAAAAAGCGAACGCGCCGUUUGUGGUGAUCGAGACGAUGCUGGACGACGGGUCGACUUGUCGACGGCACAUGGACUUAACCACAAUUCGCGACAAAGUCCACGAUGGCGAGUACACGACAUGGGAAAAGUUUAUGGAGCACAUCCACGAGAUCGUCCAAGAUGCGUACGCCGCCUACCCCAAGUACAGCUCGAUGCGGUACAUUGCUCAUGCCGCCGCCAACAUGCAGGACAACGUGAUGAGUUUUGCGCAUCGGUUCCGAAAAGAACAGGGGUAUGAUCUGUUUGCUACGUGCCGCGAGAUCCAGCAAGCCAAGCUGGCCACGCGACCAGUCCCAGCCCCCAUGCGCCUGAAGCGGCCCGGCGCGCUUCCGCCAUCGAUUUCACCUCCUCCAGUGGCCGUCGAUCUGGUCGAAGACGACGCGGUGAGUGAUGAAGUGCAGGAAGUGUUUGCCGUGGGCGAUCCGGUUUUUGUCGCCAAGCGCACUGGCCCUGGAAUAAACAAACUCGGCGGCGCUGGCCGCGUCCAGCAUGUCUACAAUGCCACAGACGAUGGAGGACUCAAGUACGACGUCAAGUUCAUCUUGGGCGGGUUUGAAAAGGAGGUCGACGCCAAGUACGUGCGGCGGCUAACUGAAGACACUGUCCAAGCCAGCGUUAAAAUGCACGCGACGACGACUGUUGUCGGGGCUAACAGUCGAAGGGCGGCUGCACCCACUGCCGACGAUAUCUUUGACGCAACUGUGUGGCCUCAUUUGUACCAAGCAGGCUGGGAGUACCUUCCUCCGCCGGUGGGGCUGUGGGUUGCCGACCCUCCCAUGGACUCAGAGGGGACCGACCACGCACUGUCCAGAGCCGAAUGGAUGGAACGGCACCAGUGCUUUCCAUCCCGCGACGACGUUCUUGCGUUUGUGAAACAAUCGCCCGACUACGCGCGCCUGUGCUUUGGCCAACGAUAUGUUGAAAGGAACAUUGCCGACGGAUUAGUCGCAAAGCCUGUGCCGUGGACGCCCCAAGAGGAAAUGUACUUCAUGAUGCUUGAAGACAAAGCAGCAUCGCCAACUCAAGCGGCCGACCGAGACGGGUCGACUUUGUCGGAAACCCCGGCGUUCACAGUGGACGAGGACCAAGUACGUGCCAUCGUGGAAGAUUUGGUCCAAGCGACCAACGGAUGGUCUGUCGACGCGCUGCGGCAAGAACUCGUGCAACUCAACCAUAUCGUGUUGGCUCAUCGGCAACACUUUGACCGACGGCCGAUGAUUGAGGCGCUGCGAGAUCGCGUUCAGGCUUUCCAUUAA